AUGGAUUUUGUUGAAGAAGUGUGCUCUGAUAAUACAGUGCGUUAGUAUAUUAAAGGUAAAUUCUUGGGGAAAGGAGGAUUUGCUAAAUGUUAUGAAUUUUCAUUUGGAGAGUAAUUAUAUGCUAGCAAAAUAAUUGGUAAAUCAACCUUAACAAGAUCUAGAACAAGAUAAAAAUUGAUGUCUGAAAUUAAGAUACAUAAAAGUCUCUAACAUUAAAAUAUAGUUGGGUUUCAUAAAUAUUUUGAAGAUGAUGAAAAUGUAUAUAUUCUUUUAGAAUUAUGCACUAAUUAAACACUAAAUGAAUUAUUAAAGAGAAGAAAAAGAUUAACAGAACUUGAAGUUUAAUGUUAUUUAAUGUAAAUUCUAAAAGCACUUAGUUAUUUACAUAAACAUAAAGUGAUUCAUAGAGAUUUAAAAUUGGGUAAUUUAUUUUUGUCAGACAAAAUGGAAAUAAAAUUAGGAGAUUUUGGAUUGGCCUCUUAAUUAGAAUUUGAAGGAGAAAGAAAACAUACAAUAUGUGGAACUCCAAAUUAUAUUGCUCCUGAAAUAUUAGAAUCGAAAUAUGGACAUAGUUUUGAAGUGGAUAUUUGGUCUUUUGGAGUAAUUGCAUAUACAUUAUUGAUUGGGAAACCUCCUUUUGAAACUAAUGAUGUAAAAAAAACUUAUAGAAGAAUUAAGAUGAAUGCUUAUCAAUUUCCAGAACAUAUAAUAAUUAGUGAUGAAGCUAAAUCAUUAAUUAGUUAAAUUCUAGUUAUAGAUCCAUCAAAAAGAUUAACUUUGGAUGAAAUAAAGAACCACGAAUUCUUUAAAGGUUUAAUUCCUGAAUUGUUACCAUUAAGCACCUUAACCUGUCCACCUUCAUCAUAAUUUAUUAGAUUAUAUUAGAAAUAAUAAUCAUAAAGUAUUCACAGGUUAGAAAAUACUUAAAAUCAUAUUUAAAAUGCAAAAUAAUUCCUCCAAUAUAGAAGUAUGGAUAGACUGUAAUUUUUAGAAUAGAAUGAAAAUUGUCUCAACUAAAAUUAUGUAAUUUAAGAACCUUAAAUUAUUGUAAAGAAAUGGUAACAUUCAUUCCUAAAUUAAGGGUUGAUUAUUCAAGCAAAUAUGGUUUAGGAUAUUUAUUAGAUAAUUAACAAUGUGGUAUAUAUUUCAAUGAUAGUUCUAAAAUGUUGAUGUUAAAUUAAGAGUAAUAAAUUAUAUUGAAUAUUUUAGUAAAUACAUAUAUGUAGAUAGAAAUGGAGAUGAAAUAGAGGGAAGUUUAGAAUAUCAAGAGAUGCUUAAAAAGAAUACAAUUAUGAUACAUUUCAGAAGUUAUCUAUUGUUAGAUGAAAAAGUUAAAGAAAACUAUUAAUUUGAAUCUUAGAGGAUCUAUGUUAAGAAAUGGAUGAAAUCUAAACAUGCUAUGAUAUUUAGAUUAUCUAAUAAAACUGUAUAAGUUAUUUUCAAUGAUCAAACAUAAGUGAUACUUAGUUAGAAUCUAAAAGUAGUUACUUAUAUUGAUAAAGAAUCUAUGAAACAAUCAUAUAUAUUGAGUAAGGCUUUUGAGAGUGACAAUAUUUAAAUGGUAAAAAGACUUAAAUACACAAAAUAAAUUAUUAGUUAAAUGAUUUGGAAAUCCAAAAUUUAACGAAAGACUUCUGAUAUUGCUUAAAUUGAAAAACCAUAAUCCAAACCAUUAUAAGAUAGGAUUAAUACAUUGACUUCAAUCAAUUAACUAAAUAUUUAAUGCAGUACAUCAAGAUUGAAAAAUUCUCUACAUAAUAAAUGA